AUGUACAGUUUAUCAUUUGCAUUUCUAUUUAUUCUUAUCUCUGUCUGCAAUACAGUACCUACUAAGUCAUCUAAUGGCUGUGGUUACGAUGCAUGUAAUUUAGGUGAUCCAAAUAAACUUAAUGUUCAUAUAGUUCCACAUACACAUGAUGAUGUUGGAUGGUUAAAAACCGUUGAUCAAUAUUAUUAUGGAGCUCGAAAUAAUAUUCAACAUGCUGGUGUACAAUAUAUUCUCGAUUCAGUUAUGCAUUCACUUGAAGAAAAUCCUGAUCGACGUUUUAUGUAUGUUGAAAUCGCUUUUUUCUGGCGCUGGUGGAAUGAACAAACAGAUGAAAUGCGUAAUAAAGUAAAACAAUUUGUUAAUGAAGGUCGUUUGGAAUUUAUAUCUGGUGGUUGGUGUAUGAAUGAUGAAGCAUCAACACAUUACAAUUCCAUCAUUGAUCAAUUUAGUUUAGGAGCAGAAUUUUUACGAGAUCAAUUUGGUGAAUGUGCUCGACCAAAAAUUGGUUGGCAAAUUGAUCCAUUUGGUCAUUCACGUGAACAUGCUUCAAUUCUUGCACAAAUGGGUUUUGAUGGUUUAUUUUUUGGUCGCGCUGAUUAUGAAGAUAUUACACAACGUAGUAAAACUAAAAAUAUGGAAUUAAUUUGGAAAGCUAGUGCUAAUUUAGACCGUCAGAGUUGGUUAUUAACCGGUGUUUUACCCAAUGGAUAUUCUGCUCCGGGUUCAUUCUGUUUUGAUCUCUUUUGUGAUGAUCAACCUAUUAUGGAUGAUCCUCAUUUACAUGAUUAUAAUGUUCCGGAACGUGUUAAAGCAUUUCUUGAUGCAGCUCAUAAUGAAGCUAAUCAAUAUUCAACAAAUCAUAUUAUAAUGACAAUGGGUAGUGAUUUUCAAUAUGAAAGUGCUAAUCAAUGGUUUAAAAAUAUGGAUAAAUUGAUGAAAUAUGUUAAUGCUCAACAAACUAAUGGUAGUAAUGUAAAUGUAUUCUAUUCAACUCCAUCAUGUUAUUUAUAUGCAUUGAAUAAAGCGAAUCAUUCUUGGACAUCAAAAACCGAUGAUUUUUUUCCAUAUGCUCAUCAUCCACAUGGAUUUUGGACAGGUUAUUUUACAUCACGAGCAGCACUUAAAGGUUAUGAACGUCGUUCAAAUAAUGUUUUACAAGUCACUCGACAAUUGAAUGCAUUUGCAAAAACUAAUCUACGAAAUAGUACUUUUCCUUUAAGUGAAGCAAUGGGUCUUGUACAACAUCAUGAUGCAGUUAGUGGUACAGAAAAACAAGAAGUUGCUUUUGAUUAUGCUCAACGAUUAGCAGAUGGUAUUGAUUCAGCAGUUGAUGUUAUUAAUCGAGCUUAUAGUAAACUUUUACCUCUCGAUGAAAAAAUCCCGCCAAAGGCACCACAAUUUCUUUGUCAAUUAACAAAUAUUAGUGAAUGUUUACCAAUUGAAGGAAAAAAUCAGUUUACUUUAACACUUUGGAAUCCAACUGUACAUACGAUUUCUCAACAUAUUCAUGUACCUGUUACAAAAAAAUAUUCCAUUCGUGAUUCAACAGGACAUGUUAUUUCAGCUGAUUUUAUUCCGAUUUCGGAACCAACAAAAAAUAUUCCUGGUCGAAAAAGUUUUGCAACAAAUCAACUUGUUUUUAAAGUUAUUUUACCAGCACUUGGUUUUAAUACAUAUUAUUUCGAAUUGAAAACGGGUAAUGAAGAUAUAUCAAUUACACAAAAUGAAGAAUGUAUUUUACAAAAUGAAUAUCUUCGAGUUGAAUUUGAUGAUCAAGGAAAUUUACUUAAGAUUAAAAAUUUAAAAAAGAAUAUUGUUGUACCAUUUACUUCUCAAGGUUUUUAUUGGUAUUCAAGUUUUCCUGGCAAUAAUUCGCAAUCAGAAUUUCAAGCAUCCGGUGCAUAUAUAUUUCGACCUAUUUCAUCAGAUCCUCAACCAGUGAGUGAUAAACGUACAAUAACAUGUAUCAAAGGAGAGAUUGUUCAAAAAGCUGUAAUUGUUUUUAAUAAGUGGACUAGUCAAGAAAUAAGUUUAUAUGAUGAUUCAAAAGGUGUUGAAGUCGAAUGGACAGUUGGACCUAUUCCAAUUUGUGAUAAAGUUGGUAAAGAAAUUAUUCUUCGCUAUGAUACAGAUAUUGAAAAUCAAGGAAAGUUUUAUACUGAUUCAAAUGGACGUGAAGUUCUUGAACGUAUUCGAGAUUAUCGUCCAACAUGGAAUUAUACAAAAGUUGAAGAUGUUAGUGGAAAUUAUUAUCCAGUUAAUAGUCGAAUAUGGAUUAAAGAACCAAAUCGUCAAUUUACUGUUCUUACUGAUCGAUCCGAAGGUGGUAGUAGUAUACAUGAUGGUUCAAUUGAACUUAUGUUACAUCGUCGUACACUUUAUGAUGAUGCAUUAGGUGUUGGUGAACCAAUAAAUGAAACUGCUUAUGAUCAAGGUCUUGUUGUUCGUGGUAAACAUUUCUUAAUUAUUGAAUCACCUAGUUCAAGUGCUCUUUAUCAUCGAGUUGCUUCUCAACGAUUAUAUAUGCGUCCACUUGCUACUUAUUCAUUACCACAAUUAUCUUAUGCUGAUUAUUCAGAAACAUAUCGUCAAACAUGGUCAGCAUUAGUAAAAGAUUUACCAUUGAAUAUACAUUUAUUAACAUUUGAACAAUUGGAUACAAAUCAAUAUCUUGUUCGUAUUGAACAUUAUUUUGAAUUAAAUGAAGAUACUACAUAUUCAAAUUCAGUAACAUUUGAUUUACAAAAAUUAUUUCAAACACAUGGUAUUAUAAAUGGUAUUGUUGAAUUAACAUUAGCUGGUAAUAUGCCAGUAAAUGAUAUGAACCGACUUGAAUGGACAACUAUUGAUAAAGAAUCAUCGAAAAUGGAUAAACCAAAAACGAUGUCAGUAAAUGAUUUGAAUAUUGUUCUUAAUCCAAUGCAAAUUCGAACAUUCCGUGUUACAGUUGAAUAA